AUGACUAUUACUUACUUUAUUACCGGAACCAAUCGUGGAAUUGGGUUUGAAUUCGCUAAACAGCUUUCUGAAGAUCCAAACAACAAUGUAAUUGCUACCACUCGCUCUUUCGCUAAGGCCACUGCUUUGAAAGAUUUAAAUCGUUCAAAUCUUCAUAUAGUCGAAUACGAUGUGGCUUCUCCUUUGGAAACAAUGAAGCAAGACUUGUUGCCUCUUGAAAAGUACGCUCCAGAUGGGGUCGAUGUUGUCAUCCAUAAUGCUGCUGUUUGUAAAAACACCAUUAAGCCUAUUUUACAAGUCAAUGAAGCUGAACUUAAUGAACAUUACGCAGUUAACGCAACUGGCUCAGUCAAAGUUUAUCAAGCCAUCUUUCCAUACUGGUCAAAGAAAUUCAAUCCAGAAACUGCUAAAAAAUUCAUUUUUAUCAGUUCUGCUGGUGGUUGGCUCACCAAUUUUUUCCCGAUUCCAACAUCCCAUUACGGUUCUUCUAAAGCUGCUUUGAAUCAUAUUGUAAGACAUAUUGCAUUUGACCAUAAGUCUUCCGACUUGGAUCAUAUUCAAAAGUCAAUUGUAUUUGCAGUACAUCCUGGUGUUGUUGAAACUGAUUUGGCUGAUCCGUACAUUGCUGUUAUCACUGAAAGAAAUUACCAGGUUCCAAUAAUCACUAGCGAGGAAUCAGCCUUCAGCGUAAUUAAAAUUAUACAAAAACUGAAAGAAGACGAUGAUGACAGUUUUAUCACUUAUGAAGGAGAAAAAGGUACUUGGUGA